AUGUCUUCCGCAUCCCCCAACAAGUACUACAAAGUCGCGGUUCUUCUGUUUCCGGGCGCGGAUAUCCUCGACUUUGCAGGCCCAAUCGAGGUCUUAUCCCAUGUCUCCCACAAUCGAAACCCAGAGAACCCCGACAGAAUGUUCGAAAUCACAACAGUCGCUUCCAGCCCAGCGGUUCGUGCCGCAAGUUCGCUCACCGUUCACCCAGAUCUGCUUUUACCAGAUGCGGUCGAUCGCAUUUCGGAGUUUCACAUCCUAGUCGUCCCAGGUGGGGUGCCGCCAGUUUUGCAGCCACUCAUUGAGAAAAAUACACCGGAGCUUGAUUUGAUUCGCAAAUUUGCAGCUUUACCUGCAGAUGAACCCUCAACUCCCAGGAUCUUGAUGUCUGUUUGUACUGGCACUUUUCUACUUGGGGCCACAGGUUUACUUGGUGGAAUGACUGUGACAACUCACCACACUGCUGUUGAUAGACUUCGGGAUAUUUGUGCUCAUCACAAUCCCUCGGAUGAGCCUGCUACCACUGUAUUGCACAAGCGAUACCUUGAUGGGGGUCUGAUGCAAGGAGGCAUUCGACUUCUCACGGCAGGAGGGGUAAGCUCAGGCUUGGACGCCACAUACUACCUGGUCAGUCAAUUGACUUCACACGACAUGACGGCGUUCAUCUCGCGAGUUAUGGAGUAUGAGUGGUGUGAGCUGAAAGACUGA